ACGAGCUCAAAUUGUUAAAGUUAGUCUUUUUCCAAGCAAAACUUAAGAAAAAAUAUCCUCUUUCCUGUUUUAUACACGGUUGCAGACAAACACCAUGGCCGAGAAGAUGAAAAGAAAUGUUUCAUUUGCAAAACAGGAGGAACAAGGGGAUGGAAUAGGGGAUGCUGGUUUGCCAGAGACCAAGAGGAUCAAAACCUUCAAAGAGAAGCACUCGCUUGACAGUGAUGAAGAGGAUAAGGUUGAUGAGACAGCUACAUAUCGGAUGAAUGAGGAAGAAAUAGAGGGGGCUGAAGAUGAUGAUGAUGGCACUGCAGAAUCGGAUGAUGACAUCAAGAUAACCCCCUUUAAUCUCAAGCAGGAAAUGUCUGAAGGUUACUUUGACAAGGAUGGCAACUACCACGAGAAGAAGGAUGAUGACGUCCAUGACGAGUGGCUGGAGAACAUUGACUGGGAGAGGCUGGAGGAGGAGAACGCCAUGAAAAAACAGGCGGAAAAGGGUGAUGAGGCAGAUGAUGAGGAUGAGGGAGAUGCCAAAGUGGUCAGGCCAGAGCUAGAAGUGAUGCGGGAGAUGUUGGGAUUCAUGAAGGAGGGGGAGAGUGUCACCAAGGCGAUGCAAAGGUUGGGUGGUGGCAAGAGAAAGACAGGAUCAGCCGCGCAGAGGAAAGCAAAGAAGGAUUCAGACUCUAGCAGUGAGGUUACGGCUGAGAGCAAGGCUGACAUGCUCAAACUAACGGACCUGGUUGACGAGCUAGUGGCUAGGGGACAGUUUGAUAUGUAUCAAUACACAUAUGAGAAGAUCCAGCACAAACUCACACAGGAUGAGGAAGCACAAGCUGCCAAGAAGGAUGCAGAGUUUGACAUGUUCGCAGAGGAUGUUGACAAGAAGAAACUCACAACAAACACAAAUAAACAAGAUGAAUCUAGUGGCACUGGCAAGGAUGAAAUGGACCCCGACAAAGUCUACUGGGAGUACAAAUGGGAGAACAAAGAUGACGCCGAUAUCUAUGGACCCUAUCAAAGUGAACAGAUGGAAAAUUGGACAAACCAGGACUACUUUCAGGAUGGGGUCUGGGUGCGGAAAGUUGGAUCCGGGCAGAACUUUUACACAUCGAAACGCAUUGACUUCAGUUUGUAUGUGUGAGCUUUGGAACAAUGGUAUUCUAAGCCUGUGGAGAACGAUCAUGCAUUGGCUGCAGCUUAACUUUAUAGUCUGAAGGCACACUUUCCCUGAUGGUACUGAAGCACAAUCAGGCAUCGCCUUCCAGUUCUACAAAUGAAAAUUGAAUGCGUAGAAGAACUUUGAAAGGAUUGGACCGACUUGAUUGAUCUACGGAAGCACAGAAGAUUUGGAGUUAAGAUCAUGAACAGUAUUGGUAGCUAAAUUGAAAUUAUUUGAAUGAAAUUAGUAAGUUCAAUUUAGUCUGAUAUCCUUCUACUUGUAUCAAAACAUGCAAGAUAUUUUGAUAUAAUUUUAGUGUAUAUAUCUGAAAGGAAUGCCACCUUGCUGCUAUACAGUGCGUCCCAGAAAAAACGAAACCGAGAAGUAUCGAUGUUCUAUCAUAACUUAAUCACAACUAUAAUUAAUGAA